CUUUGAAAAACCGGCGCGGCUAAUUCAAGAUGGCGGAGCUUGAGCAGCUGUUAGAUGAGAGCUCUUCAGCUAAAGCUCUGGUCAGUCUGAGAGAAGGAAGUUUGUCGAACACUUUAAAUGAGAAAAACAACCUAUCGAAAUCUCAGAACACCAGAGGAAGGAGCAGCUAUACAUCUAUGGAAACGCCCACAAGAAGCUCAAAGAGAAGUCGUUUUUCCUCUGAGGAGGAAGAGCGGUCACUCUCCUCCAGAUCCCCAAGGAGAAGUCAGAGAGUCACCACCAUGCCUCAGAAACUUGCAAACGUCACAACACCAGAUAAAAGAGCCUCACAGAAGAUUGGACUAAGAUUACGAAACCUGCUCAAAUUACCUAAAGCUCACAAGUGGUGCAUUUAUGAGUGGUUCUAUUCUAAUAUUGACAGGCCCUUAUUUGAAGGAGACAAUGACUUCUGUUUAUGCCUGAAGGAAUCUUUUCCUAACCUAAAAACGAGAAAGCUAACCAGAGUGGAAUGGGGGACUAUCCGACGUCUAAUGGGCAAACCCAGGAGGUGUUCCUCCGCAUUCUUUGCCGAGGAACGAACAGCACUUAAGCAGAAGAGGCAGAAGAUGCGUCUGCUCCAGCAAAGGAAGAUCACAGACGUGUCACUUUGCAAAGACCUUCCAGAUGAGAUUCCUUUGCCACUUGUUAUUGGCACCAAAGUCACUGCUCGUCUGAGGGGACUCCAUGAUGGCCUGUUUACUGGACAGAUUGAUGCAGUAGAUACAAGUGCAGCAACAUAUCGUGUGACCUUUGACAGAAAUGGACUUGGCACACAUACAGUGCCAGACUAUGAAGUGCUUAGUAAUGAGCCUCCUGAGACAAUGCCAAUAUCUGCUUUUGCUCAGAAACAGCGCCCAUCUCGCUUCCAGAACUUUCUGACACCUCCACGUGGGUCAUAUCCAGGUUCAGGCCAGCCCAUCUUAAUGGACAGCGAUCCCCUGUUCAGUCAGUCACCCUGGAGGAGUAAACUAACUGGAAGUGAGGGGGAGACGCUGGGAGGAUUCCCUGUCAAAUUUCUUGUGCAGGUGACACGGUUAUCCAAAAUCCUCAUGAUUAAAAAAGAACACAUAAAGCAUUUAAAGGAGAUGAACACUGAAGCUGAAAAACUGAAGUCCUACUCUGUGCAGAUUGGGCUGGACUUUCAAAGGAGGUAUGCUACCACUGUACUGGACCUGGAACAGCUCAAUAAAGACCUGAACAAAGUCCUGCAUGAGGUCCAGCAGUUCUGCUAUGAGCUGGCCCCGGAUCAAGGCAUGCAGCCUGCCGACCAGCCCAGUGAGCUGCGGCGGCGAUGUGAUGAUGAAGCCCAGGAUGUGGUGAGGGUGUCCAAUGCACUGCCCGAUGGGGAGCAGCGCGUCCAGAACCCGGGCCUCACCCAGCUCAUCUCUCGCCUCACUGCUCUCCUGUUGCAGAUCAGGUGCUUGGCAGAAGGAGGUGACCUGAAUUCAUUUGAAUUUAAAUCACUGACUGACUCUCUGAAUGACAUAAAGAGUUCAAUAGACAGUUCGAACCUAAGUUGUUUCCAGGACAAUGUGGAGAUCCAUGUAGCACACAUCCAGAGUGGCCUGAGUCAGCUCGGAAACCUCCAUGCUUUCUCUGCCAACAACACGAACAGAACGUGACUGAUGUGGAUACCAUUUAAAACCCUUUUCCCAAACACGGACUCAAAGCCAGCUUCCCUCCCACAGCAAGCUUUUUGUGUGUAUAUUCUCUUGUGUUUCUGGAAGUAAAUUUAAAUGUUCACUAAAAAUGUUGACUAAAACUGAACCCUACAGCAGAGCAAGGCUCGGAGCCAUUUUGUCUAAGCUGUCUUGAACAAAAUGUACGAGUAGGCAGACAUGCUAGAACAGUGGCCCAGCCAUUAUUUCAAAGUACAUUAUUUCUACUUUGUGAAUUAAAAACUAACCAGUUUAUUUAUCAGUCAGCGUGUUGAAUUCUGGCUGCAGUUUUUAAGCACAUUCGUCUAGGUUAAUCUUACCAUUAUGGAUGUGUCUUUAUUAUUAUGGCUGGUUCCUAUUGCCAAAUUACUCUUCCCAGGUUCGGUUAUUUAUUUCUUCUGUUGAAGCUGAAAACGGGAAUUUGAGUUGAAACUUGUACAGUUUGGAGUGUCCCUUACAGGUGUUGUCAAUUUUGAAAAUGUAUAUUGUAUAUAACUGUACAGUUUACUUGCGUUAUUGAUGCUUUGGCCAUAUGUGGCAGUGUAGAAUUUUCUAACUACUUUUAAGUAUUUUUGUAAAGAAAUACUUUGAUUUAUAAAGGUCAAAGGAUAGAGUAGUAAACGGUUGUGUGGAUGGCACCCAUCAGACUGUUCACUCUCGACUGUUGGAUAACCACAUCUGAAGAAUGUUUGCCAAUACAUCACCAGUGUAUAUUCAUUUAUGUGUUUAUGGAUUUUGCUUUUAGGUAAUUGCACCAGUUUUAAUUUAACUGGUAACUGUAAACAGCAAAUGUAUAUACAUUUUGUUAAUUUCUAUUAAAUAUCAAAUGCAAGA